CAAUAGAAAAAACUCAGUAAGACUGUGUCUAGUAGCUCUUUCUUUAAGGUUGAAGACAAUGAGAACGGCGAAUCUGCGGCAGUGUAUUAGGAGAGGCUGCUGCAGUCUGUCUGUCAGCUGAUCGGUUCUGAGAGUUGAGCUGAAGGACCCUGCCUUCUCCUGGCCCUGAUCCUAUAGACCGCAGCUCUGAACCCCACAAAGUACCCAAACCAUUGCUCUUCAGCCACCCUCUUCAACUUCUUCCCAGAGCCCAGUCCCCAACCCCUUGGCAAAGUUCGCCCCUUGCAAGAAAAUACGAAUAACCCCCCGCCCGCCUCCGACAUUGCUAAUCGAAGAGAUUAAUCCAAACUUUUAACGAGAACUGGAAGCAACCUUACUAAUUUGAUAAACCAUGUGUCAAGAAAACAAACAACUACAAUUGCUUAAUAUUUAUUUGUGUGUUAACUUGACCAACUGAAGAAAUUUUUUAAAAAAGUUGUUUGUCUGGCUAAGAGACAGAAAGGAGAAUCAGUGGAAUAGACUUUGGGACAAUUUAGAUGACAGCUAUUCUGGCACCAGAAAAGAUGAAAGCAAACCAAGAGAAAUUUUGUGGGAGAGAAAGAGAAUUUGUAUAUAAAUUCAAUGUAGGAAGCCAGUGCUGUGAACUUAAGGUACCUCUGAAAUUUCCUGUUCAAGAGAACCCAAAUAACCUGCAUGGACGUCUCAUGCUUCUUCACAAUUUACCUUGCUUCAUAGAAAAUGACUUAAAAGAAUCCCUGAGCCACUUUGUAGAAGAAGAAUCUCUAAGAGACUAUGACAGAGAAGCUGAGACUUCACUAGAAGCUUUGAAAAAUGGAGAAGUUGAUGUGCACCAGCUAACAAGUGCGUGGGCAAAAACUUAUACUGAGACCACAUUGGAGCAUGCAAGACCUGAAGAGCCAAGCUGGGAUGAAGAUUUUGCAGAUGUCUACCAUGACCUAAUCCAUUCUCCAGCCUCUGAAACUCUCUUAAACUUGGAGCACAAUUACUUUGUUAGUAUCUCAGAACUUAUUGGGGAAAGAGAUGUAGAGCUGAAAAAGUUACGAGAAAGACAAGGUGCAGAAAUGGAUAAAGUAAUGCAGGAACUGGGAAAGUCACUAACAGAUCAGGAUGUAAACUCAUUGGCUGCUCAGCAUUUUGAAUCCCAACAGGUCUUAGAGAAUAAAUGGACCAAUGAGCUAAAACAGUCAACCGCCAUCCAAAAACAGGAAUAUCAGGAAUGGGUGAUAAAACUUCACCAAGACCUAAAAAAUCCAAACAACAGCUCCAUCAGUGAAGAAAUUAAAGUCCAACCCAGUCAGUUUAGAGAAUCUGUGGAAGCAAAUGGAAGAAUUUAUGAAGAUCAAAGGAAGUUAGAAGAAAGCUUUACCAUUCACUUAGGAGCCCAACUGAAGACCAUGCAUAAUUUGAGAUUGCUGAGAGCAGACAUGCUAGACUUCUGCAAACACAAACGUAAUCAUCGAAGUGGUGUGAAACUCCAUCGGCUGCAGACGGCACUCUCACUCUAUUCAGCAUCUCUCUGUGGCCUUGUUUUAUUGGUAGAUAAUCGGAUCAAUUCAUACAGUGGGAUUAAAAGAGAUUUUGCCACAGUUUGUCAAGAAUGCACGGAUUUCCAUUUUCCUCGGAUUGAAGAACAGUUGGAAAUUGUCCAGCAGGUGGUACUUUAUGCUCGAACCCAACGCAGGAGUAAAUUAAAAGAGCCAAAUGAUUCAGGAAACCAGAAUGGAGGAAGUGAUGAUAGGGCUAAGAAUAUUGAACGAAACUAUUCAAAUAUUUUGCCUGGAGAAUUUUAUAUUACCCGGCACUCCAAUCUUUCCGAAAUCCAUGUGGCUUUCCAUCUCUGUGUGGAUGACAAUGUGAGAUCUGGUAACAUCACAGCUCGAGAUCCUGCCAUCAUGGGUCUCCGAAAUAUUCUAAAGGUUUGCUGUACUCAUGACAUCACAACAAUUAGUAUUCCUCUCUUAUUGGUGCAUGAUAUGUCAGAGGAAAUGACUAUACCGUGGUGUUUAAGGAGAGCAGAACUUGUGUUUAAAUGUGUAAAAGGUUUCAUGAUGGAAAUGGCUUCAUGGGAUGGAGGGAUUUCUAGGACUGUACAGUUCUUGGUGCCACAGAGUAUUUCUGAAGAAAUGUUCUACCAGUUGAGUAACAUGCUCCCACAAAUCUUCCGAGUGUCAUCCACACUCACACUGACAUCUAAGCAUUAAAAUCUUCCUGGCAAACAUGUUGAUGAAAGUGGGCUGUUAAACAUUCCGUAACUGAGGCAACACUGGAAUAAUCUGAAAGCACAGAUGAUGAGAGGCCAACUAAGUGCACUGUCCUAAGUCAUACUGUAAGGGCUACAUGUCAAGCUGGCCAAAUGGCCAUUUGCUACAUGAACCAGUGCUCAGGCUUUCAUUCAUACGUUGGCAUUUAGUCCCUAAAUCAUCUUAAUGAGACCAAUCCUUAUCUGUGGGCAUAUAUAUGCCACAUUUUAUAUCCAUCAGCUAAAAGUCUUAUUAUUACACAUGGACCUUUCAUGUAGGAAACUAGUUGCAUCACACACAAAUACACAUACACACACACACACACACACACUCACACUCCAGAGACAUAACAUUUUGUGACCUUGGGAAGAUCUAAAUUAUUAGUUAUUCAUUAGAUCCUUCCUUCUUGAUAAAAUAGGAAAACAUUUAAAUGUCAGUCAUGUGCAAUGCUUAUUUGAAAAGGAAAUGCCCUUUAUAUAGUACUUAUCAUGUGAAAAUGAAAAUAAACUGAAAUAAAAGCAACAAA